AUGGAUUUCAUUGAUGAACAGACACUUCUUAAUCCAGAAACUUUACAACAAACAAGUGAAUUUGCUUUAGAAAAACCAUGUAUUUGUUUUCAUUUGUCUCUUCGAGCUAGAAUUUUUGGAUUUUUAUGUACAUUUACUUUUGGUGGUGUGUUUUUGAUUCUUUGUAUCCCUCUUCUUGGAACAUUACUUGUAGCCCCCUCUGUUUUUGGUAUUUUCUAUUCUAUGGGACUUAUUCUACUUUUUAGUUCAAUGCUUUUCCUUUAUGGACCAAAACAACAAUUCUUAAAACUAUUUAGUUCUCCUCUUCGUUGCAUUUCAUUCUUUGUGUGUAUAAUUGCUACAAUAUUUACUUUCUUCUGUGUAUUUAAAUUCAGAUAUAUUUUAUUCAUUCUAUUGUCUAUCCUUCUUCAGUUAGGAGCAUCUAUGUGCUAUGGAUUUUCACUUUUACCAUUCUCACAAAGUUUGACAGAACGUUGUUUUAAGAAACAAUCAACUAAUUAA